AAGUGCGUCUCAGUCGCGUAACUAGAGCUGUCAGUAUACAGAGUGUUAAACUAACGUGGUGCGAAAAAUGGCUCCGACACCUUACAUGGUGACCAGUGAAUACAGUGAGGAGCCGAUUUCUAGGACGUACCAGUACAGAAAAGUCAUGAAGCCGAUGUUGGAGAGAAAAAGAAGAGCCAGAAUAAAUCGUUGCCUCGACGAACUCAAAGAACUUAUGGUGACAGCUUUGCAGAAUGAAGGAGAGAAUGUUUCUAAGUUGGAGAAGGCCGAUAUUUUGGAGUUGACAGUGCGGCAUUUGCACAGUCUGAAGCGGCAGCAUCAGCUAGUGCUACCACCGGAACAAUCGUAUGCUGAUCGGUUCAGAGCUGGAUUUACUCAGUGCGCUCAGGAGGUGACACAUUUCAUCAGCACCCCUUCGGAGGUCAUCGAGCCGAACGCUGGCAGAAAGCUUCUUCAGCACCUGGGAGCUUGCGUUCGUCAGCUAGACUGUGUCUCGCAGAAUAUUUCUGCCCAGCAAUAUCCACAACAAAGUUUAUCUCCCCCCAUUUCCCCUGGGUCUGAGAUGAUGGUUCUUCCUUCACCCCCAUCGAUGUGGCGGCCGUGGUAGAAGAAAGACUCAAGUGAUAAGAACUCUUCUGGUGAUUAUUUGUAAUUUUCUCGAGCUUUACUUAGGUUAGGAUUUUUUCAGGUCUUCCAUGUUUCAAAGAUAUUUUUUAAGUUUCACUUUUCGUAUUUUUUUAAGUGAAUGAGAAUGUUAGCUUUAAUCCUGUGAUAGUAGUAUAAUAUCGUUAGAUUUUAUCGGAUAAUUUAAUAAUUGAGGACGAAUUUAACUUUUGUUGUGUAAUAUGUAUUGAAAUGAAUGUUUAUGAAGUUUCAUUUGUUCAUCAAAGUGACUGGUUUCAUAGAAAAUAUAUGUUUAAAUAAACUACUUACUUAUA